AUGGUAUCCUCGACCUCCUCGCUCCCCUCCCGCGUCCUCUCUCCCUCGAGCAGCGCGUCUAGUCCCAGCUUACGCGCCCUCGAGCUCGAACAAGGUCCCGUGAGCGGCACAUCGCUCGAGCGCACCAACACAAUCUCCACGCUCGGCGGGUUCGAGUUUGAGCAUGCGCUGUUACCGCUCAGCCUGUCGGGCGAGGAACAACAACAGGCCGAGCACAAGCAUGUCGGGUUAUUGCAGGGCAUGGCGCUCGUAGUGGGGAUGCAGGUCGGGUCUGGUAUCUUCGCAUCGCCCGGCGUCGUCGUCGACUCGGUCGGAAGCGUUGGUGCCAGCUUGAUCGUAUGGCUCCUCUCGGGAUUACUGGCAUGGACAGGGGCGACGUCCUUUGCUGAGCUUGGGUGCGCCAUUCCAUUAAGCGGCGGCGCACAAGCUUACCUAGCCUACUCGUUCGGGCCACUUCUCUCGUACCUCUUUACUUGGUCUGCGGUAACGACGCUCAAACCGGGUGGUGCGGCUAUUAUCGCCCUCAUCUUUGGUGAGUAUGUCAAUCGCAUGGUAUACCAGGCCAUCACUGGGUCCACCGAGGCCGUGGUGCCAGAAUGGACCUUCAAAGUGACGGGAACCCUCGCCGUCCUCGUCGUCACGGCAUUGAACCUGAUAUCUCCAAAGGCGGGAACACAUUCGGCCGUCGUCCUGACAGGCAUCAAGAUCGGGAGCCUGAUCUUCGUCGGCGUCCUCGGCCUCCUCUACCUCAUCCGCAAUGGGCCAGGCGAGUCCUUUGCCAAAGGAUCAGUCUUCAAGGGAUCGAGCAAGAACCCAAGCGACUACGCUAUCGCGCUAUAUUCUGGCCUGUGGGCAUUCGACGGGUGGGACCAGUGCUCGUUUGUCGGCGGCGAGAUGACAAACCCUAACCGCGACCUUCCACGCGCCCUGCACAGCAGCAUGACCAUCGUGCUAAUCCUCUUCCUGUCCGCCAACGUGAGCUACUUCAUCGCCCUUCCACCAAGCGUGGUGGCGAGCUCCAACACAGUCGCGCUCGACUUUGGACGCGCCACAAUCGGCAAACUCGGCGGACUUGUGUUCUCCACUCUCGUCGCGAUCAGUUGCUUCGGCGCACUCAACGGCGGAUGCUACACCACGGCACGCCUCAUCUAUGCCGCGGCACGCGACCACUUCCUCCCCUCCAUAUUUGCGCGCCUCGACUCGAAGAGACGCACGCCCGACUUCGCCUUGUCCCUCAACGCCGCGCUCACCGUCUUCUUUAUUGUCUUUGGCGGCGGGUUCAGGAAACUCAUCAACUUCUUCUCCGUGACGUCGUGGACAUGGUACCUCGUCACUGUCGUCGGGCUUCUUUACCUCCGCAUCAAGGAGCCGCACCUCGAGCGGCCGUACAAGGCAUGGAUCACGACGCCAGUCAUCUUCUGCAUGAUCGCAAUGUUCCUCCUUCUCAUGCCCAUCUUCGCUGCGCCAUGGGAAGGUCUCGCAGCCUUUGUGUUCAUGGCCGCCGGCGUGCCGAUGUACUACCUCACCGCGCGUUCCCGUUCCCAGCAAGCACGGGGUUAUAGUCGCGUGGAGGGCAACGAAGAAGCAGCAGGCGGCAUCGGUGCGACACUACGCGACGCCCACGCCGCCUUCAUGGACGACGUGGCUCGUCUCCUCCCUCGGCGCUGGGCACAGCGCCUUGGGCCGACAGCCCCACCAGACAGAGAGGAGCGGCAGCGGAUGCUCGACCGUGUCGAGAUGGCAGAACUCUAG